AACAUCUGAGCUCCUUCGCUAGUCGGAGGAACGGGCGAAGGUGGAACUGGAUAUUACCCGGACUUGUUUGACUGUCGCUCUUCCUUUUUUCUUUCUGGCUCGAAAGAAGGGUCUGCUUGGGCUUCGGGCGCCGAGUUACAAUGCCACAAAACGAAUAUAUAGAGUUACAUCGGAAGCGAUAUGGCUACCGCUUGGAUUACCAUGAGAAGAAAAGGAAGAAAGAAGGUCGUGAGGCUCAUGAGCGGUCAAAGAAAGCCAAGAAAAUGAUCGGAUUAAAAGCUAAACUGUACCAUAAACAGCGCCACGCGGAAAAAAUACAAAUGAAAAAGACUAUUAAGAUGCAUGAAAAGAGAAAUAGCAAGCAGAAGAAUGAUGACAAGACCCCAGAAGGCGCUGUACCAGCAUACCUGCUGGAUAGGGAGAGCCAGUCUCGAGCAAAAGUUCUUUCCAACAUGAUCAAACAAAAACGAAAAGAAAAAGCUGGGAAAUGGGAAGUUCCUGUGCCCAAAGUCCGGGCCCAGGGAGAAACAGAAGUGCUCAAAGUGAUUCGCACAGGAAAACGAAAGAAGAAGGCUUGGAAAAGAAUGGUUACCAAAGUGUGUUUUGUAGGGGACGGCUUUACCAGAAAACCUCCAAAAUACGAGCGCUUCAUUCGACCAAUGGGUUUGCGAUUUAAGAAGGCCCAUGUAACACAUCCAGAACUUAAAGCCACGUUUUGCCUGCCUAUUCUUGGUGUAAAAAAGAAUCCUUCUUCUCCUCUCUAUACUUCUUUGGGAGUAAUCACAAGAGGUACAGUAAUCGAGGUGAACGUGAGUGAGCUUGGUCUCGUCACCCAAGGAGGCAAAGUUAUCUGGGGAAAAUAUGCACAAGUAACCAAUAAUCCAGAAAAUGAUGGAUGCAUUAAUGCAGUCCUACUUGUAUAGUGACACUGCAGCUAUGGGUAUGCAAGCUUUUCACACACACAAGUGCUUCUGCAGACUUCAGAUAAAAGAAUUUAUUUCGGAACAGCCAUCUCAUAAGACAGAGGACUGCUGAAGAGCUGGCUUUUCUCCAAAUAUUAUCAAAAAUAAAAAAAAUCUUGAUUAGAAUGGUAAAUAGACUUAUAAACAGAAUAUCUGUAGUCCUUCUUUCUUGCACACAGUAACAUCCUUUACUAUCAGUUUUUCCAGGAUUAAGAAAGUAGGUAGUAUGGAUAAGUAAUAGCUGAAACUAACUUUCUGCACCAAAUUUCACACAUGUGGAACACAAGUCGAAGUAUAAGAAUGCUCCAACUUGGUGGACAUCUAGUAGCAUCUUGGUAGUGAGAAAGCAUAUUCAUAGUAUAUUGCAGGUCAUUAGUUCCAGGGGAAAUUUUCUAAGUAUACAAAAUAUUCUUAAUCUAGGAAUGUGUGGGUGACUGAACUGUAAUCUUGUUUUAUAUAUAUAUUAAAACAUUUCCUGAAGUGA